UAUUAGCACUACUGAAACCCACGGUGGAGCUGGCAACUGUAUGCAGACACUUGAUCUAUGUUUGGCUUAUCAAUCCUGCUGUAAAUGAUGACCAUGAAGGUGGUUGUAACUUGGGGCUGACAGGCAGCUCUCAGGUCAGCUGGUAGUAGCUCACCUCUCCCAGCACAGAUGGGAGAGAGUCUGUUGAAUCAUGCGUGUUGACAGCGGCGAUAAACCACCAUGACACUCGACGAUUGGGAACAUAAAUGAUGAAGUUGAAGCCCAACCAAACCAGGACGUACGACGGCGAAGGGUUCAAAAGAAGAGCGGCGUGUGUGUGUUUUAAAAACGAAAAAGAGGAAGAGGUGCUACUGGUGAGCAGCAGCCGACAUCCAGACCAAUGGAUUGUGCCAGGAGGAGGAAUGGAGCCAAAGGAGGAGCCCUGUGGGGCCGCCGUCAGGGAGGUGUAUGAAGAGGCUGGUGUGAAGGGAAAGCUUGGCAGACUACUUGGGAUUUUUGAGCAAAAUAAAGACAGUAAGCACAGGACAUACGUCUACACCCUCAUUGUGACGGAAACACUGGAUGACUGGGAGGACUCUGUCAAGAUUGGACGGAAGAGGAAGUGGUUCAACGUUGACGAAGCCAUUAGAGUGCUGCAGAGCCACAAACCUGUCCAUGCAGAGUACCUUCGCAGGCUCACUAACACCUGCGGCCCGGUGUGUAGCCAGAAUAACAGCACCAACCCGAGCUCCCAAGUAACACACAACAACACACCUCAUUAUGUUGCUCAGAUCUAGCAGGCAGAGAGGACAAUCACCAGCAGCAAGCAGUUGUUCUGACAGGACACUGGGAUGGACAUCUAGCCAAGACCUCUGCAGUGAUUGCAUCACUAACAAAGCCUCUUAAUAUGUACAGUAUGGACUUCCUUGAAGUUGAUUUGAAACUCAUUUUGAGGUAGUGCCAAAAUGUUUUCCAACUAUAUUUAAGAUUUUUAUAUGUAUUUUUUUUAACAACCAUCAACAGCUAUUUGAGGAAAUGUGUCCUUUUAAAGCGUUCAGCUUUAGACUCUUUUUCUCAUUGUGCUGCUCAAGCAAUGUGAAUUUCCUGUUUAGGCUAUAUUGCUGAAUAUCUGACCAGCAGUGCACACAAGUGUUUGGCUGGUUUGAAAGGGACGCGUUUGCUCUUAGAGGAUGUAAUAUAUCCACAGAGUGACUCAGUGCCAAACAAUGUGUAUGAAUUAAAUAGCAAAGUUCAGUUUCUUUUUUAAUUGUUAAGAAACUUAUUGGCAGUAAAACUAAUCUCACCUCAGUAUAAGUCAAGUCUUUUGAGGUAGUUUGUCUAAAGAGAGCUGAAGGCAAAGUCUGCUUUGAUAAAAUAAGUGUGAGCAAGCUUGCUCCUCCUAUAAUUACAAACAUACAUGUACACACAGUAUUGUCUCUAAUUACUGGUGUAACACUGUAGAAAAGAUUAGGGGAAUACGUCUAUUGCCCCCCAAAAAAUGUUUGGCACUGACUGUAUCUUUCAAGAAAUAAUAUUUAUCUGCAUGAGACACUAUUAUUAAGUGCAUAUGACAAAUGUGAAGUUCUGUCUGGGAGGUGUUGGUUUUAAUGCAGAUUUACAGUGUGCUUUAGUCUGAUUCUACUAAGUGCCUUAAACAAUUGUAAAUUGUGUUUGGUUUUUUAAGACCCUGUACACACAAUGGUCGGAACCAGCCUAUUAUUUAUCUCAGCUGUGGUUAGAUUUAAACAAUAGUAUGUUGAAGGAACCUGGACAUGUUGUUACGAUUGAAUGUGCAGUAUUUAGUAUGAAUUAAUUGAAUUUAUUUAUUUAUGUUUAAUAGGGAAAUACGCCCUCCCGUCAUGAACAGGAAAUUAUGACAGGAACCGUGACAGGAAGUCCUGGUCAGUGUGCCAGAUGUGUUUUUGUCAACACUAUAGAAAGACAUGAACGCAGUUUAUUUACAAGAACUGGCUCUUUUAUUUAGUGAGGAUGGGGAAGAUCACUGAUGAAACCUUUUUUUCUAUGUGUGUAUGUGGGAUUGGAAUAUUUUUGCAAUUAUGCUGUAUAUAAAACAUUUAAAUAAAAAAACGUUCAUUCAU